UUCCAGCAGGAAAAGAUUACAACAAGCACAUCAAAGCAUGUUCCCCGGAACCAACCUCCCCUCUCUUCCUUGCUUCACUCCACUGCCCUCUUUCUCUACAAACUUCCUCGCAAAACCCCCAGGUUCCAACAAGAGAGAAGUGUGUCACCUUGAUAACUCGAAUACGGUGCUCGUCUACAACAUCGCUGCAGAUCGGUUGUUUUUCUAUACACAAACAGAACUAGACCUAAUCCGCCUCUCCAAAAGCGUCUAUCCUAUCCUCGUCCCCAAAUUCAGCAAGAAGGUUGACAUUUGGCUUCCUGCAGAGCUUGAGGAUUUGCGGGAUGCAGGUGGAGAUGGUGGUAGAGAAUCGAUGGAGAGCGGGGACUGGGUGUACGUCCAUGGGCAUCCUGGCGACGAAUGGAUUGGAAGGGAUGCCGGGGAGGCGCGGUGCAGGACAAGCCAAGGCGGCAUCAGGGAAUGGUGGCGAGGACGUAUCUUGCUGCCGAGUCAGAUUAGAUUCGAGCGGUUGAUGGGGAGGUGGGCGGAGGUGCUUGUUGUUGAGGAAUGAGUCUUUCCGAU